AUGCCUGAUCUGAAUUCAACCUCUCAAUCCUACUGGAAUAGCUACCAAUUUUUUUGGGUAAUAUCCUUUAUCAUUAACAUUCAAGUUCCAGUUGUUUGGUGUCGUGCUAGUAUUUGCAUCUUCAUUUUUAUUAUUGUCAGUUUUGGACUUUUGGGCAAUGGAACCAUCAUCUGGCUUCUUGGCUUCCAUAUAAAGUGGAAUGCUUUUACCACCUACAUCUUAAAAUUGGCCUUUGCUGACUUUAGGCUUGUCCUUUACCUAACAAUAUUAGAAAUAGUUUUGUUACAAGAAGAUGCUGCCUUAUCUGUUGCUCUGGGGUCCAUGUUUGUAUCUUCCUGUACCUUGGAGCUCAUGUACAACAUGGGUCAACUUCUUCUGACCACUAUCAGCAUUGACCGGUGUGUGGCUGUCCACUUUCCAAUUUGGCAUCGAUGUCAUCACCCACCCAGUUUAUCCAUCUUCAUUUGUGUCCUUUUAUGGCUCCUCUCCUUUGUGAUCAGCGUAAUUAAUGUACGUCUUGUGUUUCAAGGUCAUGGCCCACUGCUCAGGGUUCUUGUGCACGUUCUGAUCUGUUACCCUCUGAUGGCUGCAUCUACUCUGACCUUGCUUGUGAAGAUUCGCUAUAAACAGCAUAACCGCCAGAGGACAAAAACUUUGACUGUAAUUCUGCUUACUCUUCUGUUUUUCCUCCUUUUUAGUCUUCCGGGGAAUCUUUCUACUCUGAUAACGUAUUACUGCAUGUUCGGUGUCCUUUCUGAGGACAUGGCAGUUGAUAUUUGUUUGCAAUGGGAUAUCUCGGAAAGCCUGGGUCUUAUGCUUUGCAUAUUGUGGUGCAUGGGUGUGAUCGGUGUUGUGCUUAGCAGCAGCAUCAACCCAAUGCUUUACUUCCUUGUUGGGAAAGAAAAGAACAGUCAAUCUGGGCUGUACAGGGUGAAAGCUGCCCUGCAGGUUUUCCAGGAUGUGGAAGACCAGAGGCAGGAAGAACAAACUCAAGUACAAACUCCACUAGGAUCCCUUUAA